UGUUUGACUGUUUUUUACUGACUAUUUCAACUUCGACCCCAGUCUCAAUACCAUAACCGGAAUUCAAAAUGGCCGCUUACUCAGAGGUUUUUCAUAAACAGUGCUAUAAACCAUAAACAAAGCUUGAUGUAGUUAUAAUGGAUUUUCUACAAGCUGAAAUCGAGAGAAAAGCAAAGCAGUUGAAACAGAAUGAAGUUACUGCUGAGAAAAAAUAUUUCCGUCGAGGGGAUUUGGAAAAGCAGAAAGCAGAUGAGUACAAGAGAAAGCAAGAGGCGAAAGUUUCUGCCAAGCUAGGAAAACAUGGACUUGAUGCAGAGGAAGAGAAAUCUUCAGAUAUUUUUGCGAAGAAAAGGAAAAACAGCGAAGACGAGGCCGCUGCAUUGAAUCUGCUUCCAAAAGAUGAGGUUGUUCGUCGCCUUAGGGAAAGGGGUGAGCCCAUCCGACUGUUUGGUGAGUCGGAUCAAGAGGCAGCAAAGAGAUUGAAAUUGCUAGAGAUGUUGGCGCCUGACAUCAAUAAAGGUUUAAGAAAUGAUUUCCGUGAAGCCAUGGAGCAAGUCGAUCAAGACUAUCUGGAUGAUAUGUUGAAGCAACAGCAGAAUACCAGCACUUCAGACGCUGAUCAAGAGAACAUCAUCAAAGUGAAAAAUGACGGAACAACAUUUGAAAAUAUUCAGGUAAAUUCAUGCUUAAAAUCUGCACGAGACCAACCGAUGUCCGCUCUAAUAUUCCCAUGUCAG